AUGAUGGACCAACUGAAGCAACAGAGCAAGAAGGCGAGCGAGAAGCUCGAGGGGUUGUCCAAGCAGACGCAGCAGGAGAUGGACAAGAUGCAGAAGGAGCUGGAGAAGACGAGCAAGAAGGCGCAGAAGAGCCUGGAGAAGACCGGCAAGCAGACCAAGAAGAGCAUGGACAAAGCCAUGAAGGAGACCAAGAAGAGCGUGGGAGAGGCCAUGAAGGAGACCAGGAAGAGCGUGGGAGACGCCAUGAAGGAGACCAGGAAGAGCGUGGACAAGGCCAUGGAGGGGACCAAAGAAGCGACCGCAAGCAGUGGCACGAGUCUCUUGCAGUCGACGAAAGACGCGGUGUACGUUGAUGUAAGCAGCAAGGAGAAGAAGGUCAGGCUACGACGUCAAAAGGACUCGAGCGACGGGGACAGUGACGAAGAGGACGGUCUGCUGGACGACAUUGGGGACGAGUUUGACCAGUUGACGCUCCACCAGCGCUUGCUAAGUGCCAUCGGCUGCUAUGUGCUCAGUGGGCUCUUUGCCUUUGCCGCCACCGUCAUGCUGUGCACGAGCGUGCACCACGUGCGCUUCUACGCGUUCUUCUACUCCUUGAGCAAUCUUGCCACCUUUUCCAGCCUCAUUUUCAUCAUGGGACAGCAACGUCUACAGAAGCGCAUGCUCUCGCGCAAGCGAAGCGCAGCGGGUACAGCUUGGAUCGGCGCGUUGGCGCUCACGAUCGUGGUGGCCUUUGUCUGGCCCUCGCACUGGUUCAUGGUACUCAUGCUGCUUAUCCUGCAGUUUGGCUGCAUGAUCUGGUACAGCGUGUCGUACUAUGCGUUCGGACGCAAGUUUCUGCACAAGUACAUGGCGAAGCGAGUGGUGUUGGUCGAUGCCAUGGACGGCAAGAUCGACGGCAAGUGA